UAACAAUAAAUGAUAUACAGAGAAUUGCUUGGCCGCCUCUCAUGAACUCUUAUCUUUCUCUCUAUUCUUCUAUUUCUUUCUAGUUUCUUCUCCACAACAUCUAAACCCUAAAUUCCAAUCGCUUCUCACUCUCCGUCUCUAGGGUUUCCAUUGCAGGUAUUCUUUCUCCUCAAGCUGUGCAGGUUUAUCUGCAGAUUCUCAAGGUGAAGUUGUAAAAGUUGAAAUUUCUUUUAUGUCCGAACAGGCCACUUUCGAUUUGGGAACUAUUGGGUUGCUUGGAGAGUAUUGUCCUUCCUUAAGAAAAAGGAAUAGAUUUUUAUCAGCACAAAUUGGCUGCAUGCAUCUCGGACCAUUUCACAAAAAUUGUGGGUUUCCUGGUUGCAGCUGGAUGCAACCUCUUUUAACUGCAGAAGAUCAGUCUUCUCUUGUUUGGAAAAGUGAAGAAGAUAAUAGUCAAGCUAUUUACACUUUGAAUUCCGGCAUUUCCUUGCUGUGACAUCAAACUAAUAUUUCCUUUCCAACUUUUAUGCUGAAGUCAAGAUGGCCUUACAGAACAUUGGUGCUGGGAAUAGUGAUGAUGCCUUCUAUAGGUACAAAAUGCCCAAAAUGAUUACCAAAAUUGAGGGCCGAGGAAAUGGCAUCAAGACAAAUAUAGUCAACAUGGUUGACAUAGCAAAGGCUUUAGCAAGGCCUGCAUCUUACACCACAAAAUAUUUUGGUUGUGAGCUUGGGGCCCAAUCUAAAUUUGAUGAGAAAAAUGGUACUUCUUUGGUUAAUGGGGCCCAUGAAACUGCUAAACUAGCUGCACUUCUUGAGAACUUUAUCAAGAAAUAUGUCCAGUGUUAUGGUUGUGGGAAUCCCGAAACUGAGAUAUUGAUUACUAAAAGUCAGAUGAUCCAACUGAAAUGUGCUGCAUGUGGUUUUGUGUCUGAUGUGGAUAUGAGGGACAAGCUCACCACUUUCAUUAUUAAGAACCCACCUGAGCAGAAGAAGGGAUCCAAAGACAAGAAGGUGGCAAUGAGAAGGGCUGAAAAGGAGCGGAUUAGGGAAGGCGAGGCUGCUGAUGAGGAGCAAAAGAAACUGAAAAAAGAUUCAAAGAAGGGUACCACAAAGGCUAGCUCUUCGAAGAAGAAGGCAAAUGGCUCUGAUGAGGAUAGAUCACCUGCCCACAGCCAGGUAGAUGAGAAGGAAGAGGUAGAUGAUGUUAAUGAUGAAGAUGAUGAUGAUGUUCAGUGGCAAACUGAUACCUCAUUGGAGGCUGCUCGCCAACGGAGUCGAGAGCAGUUGAGUGCUGUGACAGCCGAUAUGGUUAUGCUCUCUACAAAUGAGCUGGAGAAAAAGGCAGCAACUAAAACAAAAACAAGUGAUGUUGCUGAGAAUGGGAACUCAACAGCUCUAGGAAGUGUUCUUGAUGAGCUGAAAACAAACAUAAAGAAAGGUGUUUCUGCCAAGCAGUUUCAGUCCCUUCUGGGAUCUAUUUCUGGUUCAGCUCAGGAGAAGAUAUCUGUUUUGGUUGAGGCACUUUUUGAAGGAGUUCAGAAAGGUUUUGCAAAGGAGGUGGUAAAGAAAAGAAACUACCUUGCUGCUGCUGUUGCUCAGGAUGAGGGAUCACAGCUGGUCUUGCUCCGAGCACUUGAAGACUUCUGUCGGAAGUCAACCUCUAGUGCCUUGAAGGAAGUUGCGCUGGUUUUAAAAGCUCUCUAUGAUUCUGAUAUUCUGGAGGAAGAAUGCAUAAUUCAGUGGUACGAAGAAGGGUCGAAAGGAGGCAACAAGGACUCACCGAUUUGGAAGAAUUCUCAACCUUUCAUCACUUGGCUACAGAGUGCUGAGUCAGAAACCGAGGAGGAAUGAUGUUUUGGUACUUGAGCAAGAAAAUAACUUCUGUUUUCAAUUCCUAGUGUUUUGAUUUAUGUCUUUUGAGUUGUCCUACUGGUUUAUUCUGUCAUAUAAUUGAUGUUAUGUUAGCGUGUCAUGUUUACGAACUUCUGUUAUUCUUAGCCAUUUGUGGGGAGCUUCUUUGAUCUUUCCUUUGUUGUUGUGGCAUCGGAUUGUUAGAUGCAGUUUACGUUGGCUGCUUUGCAAACCUAGUGUUUUUUGUUUUCAAGUAUAAGAUGUAUUUCUGUUGCCCGUUUUGAGCUUUA